UUCUCGGAGCUCACUGCUGAGUCGACCACCGAGUUAUCAUGAGUGCUCCCGCCCGUGACAGAGACCACAGGUCAGGAUCUUAUUGCGGCUCCCUUUUGCGCCAUUAGUGUUAAAAUCCAGUGUCAUGGAAGCGAUAAGCACGUGCUUGGUGGCGUGAUGUUGGUGCCAACCAAACAGCUGAUCGACGGGGGCAGUUCGGUGCAGCCGAUUGACUCCGGGGGGCCCUCCACUUCCUCCUCUAGUGAGGAUAUCCAGAACGUGAGUAGUCACGGAGGCCUCCCGCCUUUACCUGAUAGCCCCACCGCCCAGCUCGAUCCGGGUAAGCAAGCCCUUAGAGAGCUCCUAAAGGACAGAAAGACUCAAAAGAAGAGUAAAACUUCGUGCGUGGCGUUGCUGAAGCUGUACACAACCAUCCUCGCGGGGCUCAUGAUCAUUGGGGGGCUGUUCACGCUCCUGUUCCUCGUGCCGAUGAUCAUAGACCCGGCCCUCGCCACCCUCACCUACGACUUCCACCCAACGCCCGUGUUGUGCAUGACCACCUUUGCGGAGUGGGUGGAAGGCCUCAAGAACAUCACGUGGUGUUCGUGUACGGAGGGAUGCACCAGCGACGUGUACAACUGUUCUCAGAUCACAGUCGUGUACAGAAACUGUGUGGAAGGGAGUUUCGGUUGUGACGUGAACAGCACGAUGAACAGCACAAACACUUCUUACAUAGACCCAGCUCACUGGGACGUGCUCAACGCCUCUUUGUUCAUUAAUGUCAAGGGCUGCGGCUACCCGCCUGUGGUUAAUUGUUCCAACUUUAUGGACAAUUUCGGCGUUCCGGGGCGCAGAUUCUGGUGCUACUACAGCAAGAUGGAUCCUUACCUGGUGAUGCCCGAGUACGAUCCCCAGCAGGCAGAAAGCGAUCUCAUUCUCUCCUUGGGCUGGACUGUUGGGGCGCAGGUUCUGGGGAUCAUUAUCAUUGCGAUCCUCCACUGCCCUUACGUCGCCUUCUUCAAGAGUCUCUGGCGGAAGCGACGAACUGUCUUGCAGCCAGACCCCAGGGGCCUGGGCAGCGAGAGCUUCGGCACCAGCACCACCAGUCUGGUCGCGGCCUUCAAGGACAUCAACAAGAAAGGGAAGCACCGCCAGCCCGUAUUCCAGCGCGACUGGUACGACGUUCAUACUUGAGGAUCAGCGUGACAGCUGCACCCAUCCCACCUUGUUCUUCUUCCUCCUCUUCGAAGUCACUACCUCACCCUCGACCGCAGAAGUCACCAUCGUGCCACCCGGAAGCAAAACUUUGGGACCCAACUGAAAGGGAAAUCCUUACACACGCGCGCGCGCGCGCGCACGU